AUGGCGCACCCUCAAAAGAACUUUGCUACACCCUUACCGCAAUCGCCCAGAUCCAAUGUUCUUGAAUGGCAAUUCCCAAAGCCCUAUCAGAACUACGUCCUCACCGGAAGAUCUCGCGCCGCAUGGCACACGUCAUUCGUGAUACCACAGCUCGACGUCUUGCUCGACGCUGGUCUCUGUGUUAACAAACUACGUCCUAGGCAUUUAUUCAUCACACAUGGCCAUAACGACCAUACGCUUCUCUCACCGGCGUUUGUGAGCCGGGAUGACCCGCCAGAUGUAUACGUGCCCGCACAGAUGAAAAAGGCGUUCAACGACUAUAUUCUCGCUGACACCAUGAUGAAUCUGGGGGGCGACAUCAAAGCGGAGGAUGCAGAACAGAUGGGUAUGGACCCAAAGAGACAAGAGGGGAAAGAAGACAAGGAUGACCCGGGUCGAACUGCCAACGAGAGAGCCUGGUUGAAUACGCACACCACACAUGGCGUGAGGGACGGCGACGUCCUGGAACUACACAGAGUCAAAGACAUGUCGGUCAAGGUCUUCAAUUGCGACCACACCGUUCCAUGCGUGGGCUACGUCUUUUGUAGCACACGACACAAGCUCAAGGAGGAGUUCCAGGAGCGAUCAGGGCAUGACUUGAAAGAGCUCAAAGAAUCGGGCACUGAAAUCACCUACCCUCACACAGUGCCCAUAUUUGCCUUCCUGGGCGACACUUCGACUUCGGUCCUGGCUUCGGAUCCAGAAUGGCUGCAGAAUGAAAUCUCAGUGGUCAUCACAGAAUGCAGUUUCCUCAUCGAGGAGCAUCGAGAGCAAGCCACGCGGACAAAGCACACGAUAUGGACAGACUUGGAAAAGGUCAUUCGGAAGUGGCCCAAGACGACCUUUGUGCUGAUGCACUUUAGUCUGCGGUACAGCGAGGAGGAGAUUGUGGGGUUCUUCAAGGAAAUGGAGGACUGUCCCAAGAACAUUGUCAUCUGGGCGGACGGCGAGCUCGAGACGUCAGGGGGGCCGAAAGGCGAGUGA